AUGUCCUCUCCUCUGACAAGCUUCUCUCCCUGGAGAGCUCGACGAGCCUCCAGCGCGUCCACAGCGACCGACCCGAACCAUCACCACCAGCCAUUCGAUACAUCCAGCGCCAUAAAUGCCCCCUCCGAUGCUCCGUUUGCAUCCUCAUUUAGGUUAUCCUCCUCGAUAGGAUCUGGGCCUGGUCAAAGGGAGCCUGUGCGAUCCUUCAUCCAUGGCUCUGUACGGGAAAAUUUAGCACCUAUCGAUAGCGCCCAGAUUGCGCGGACUGUUCGACAAGAUACCGCAGAGCUUGCUAGUUACUAUCUCUCCGGUGGCCAAAGCAAAAGAAGCCCGUCUUUCUUGCACCGAUCCCUUUUCGAACCCCCCGAAGACGAGAGCGCCGAAACAAGUACACAUGAUUCGAAUGCGAUUCCUGAAGUCUCGGAGCCGCCGUCACCUGAGGACAACGAUGGUGAUCAUUCGUCAGAAGGUCCAUCUGCAUUAGCUAAUUUGCUCCGAAAGUCACCUCCCCAGUCAUUGGCGCCAGAGGGUGUAUCGACUAUACAACCAAGUGACCGGACUGUGCGGGAAACCGAAAACGACGGCGAGAUCUCGGAAGCUUCUCUUCCACGGACUCGACGCCAACCGAGUGUUACAGGGAAUGAGACGGAACGUACACCCUUAUUGAGACGUCAAACUACUGGAGGGACGCAUCAAGUUGACGUUGAGGGUCAGACGAACCAAACUGGUGGGAGCUGGCUCCGCAAACUCUUUGGUUCGACGACUGGCCCAACGCCAACGACAGCGCAAGGUUAUGUGGAGGUCGAAAGCAAGUCCUCCUUUUCUUGGAAGAGCAUUGCACAGCAUGCUGUUAUUGCGCCAGCUUCAUGCCUUCCGGCGGUCUGUGUAGGCCUUCUCUUGAAUAUUUUGGAUGCCUUGUCUUAUGGUAUGGUGCUUUUCCCUCUCGGAAAGGCCAUCUUUUCACAAUUGGGCUCUGCUGGGAUUUCCAUCUUCUAUGUCAGCACAAUCGUGUCCCAGAUUACAUUCUCCUCUGGGAGCAUAUUCAGAGGCGCUGUGGGCUCCGAAUUGAUUGAGGUCGUUCCCUUUUUCCACAACAUGGCGCAAAAGAUCACGGAUGUUGUUGGGUCUGAUGACCCUGACGCGGUCAUCGCAACGACCAUCACAGCUUAUUGUCUGAGUUCAAUGAUGACCGGUCUGGUCUUCUUUCUCAUUGGACAGUUCAAAUUCGGCUUUAUGGUUGGCUUCAUCCCCCGACACAUCCUCAUCGGUUGCAUCGGAGGUGUUGGCUGGUUUUUGCUCGCAACUGGAUUUGAAGUCUCUGCUCGGCUGGAAGGCAGCGUCCAAUAUAAUUUGGAUACCCUCCACCGCCUGUUUCAAGCUGAUACGGUUCUGCUGUGGCUAUUCCCCUUAACUUUGGCCAUCAUACUGUUCUGUUGCCAGACAAGAGGGGUUUCCAAGUACUUUUUACCCAUUUACAUCCUCUCCAUCCCGAUGAUUUUCUACUUCUUCGUUGGUUCUCUCGAUGCAUUGGACAUCGACGCACUGCGGGACGACGGCUGGAUCUUCGAGGGCCCGCCGUCGGGAGAACCCUGGUGGUAUUUCUAUACUUUAUUCAAGUUUCACCUGAUACGUUGGGAUGCGCUGGCGGAGACUGUUCCAGCUAUGCUGGCCCUGACAUUCUUCGGCAUUCUGCACGUACCAAUCAAUGUGCCUGCUCUGGCUCUCCAGACUGGAGAAGACAAUGCUGACUUGGAUACCGAGCUGAAGCUUCACGGCUACUCGAACUUCAUAUCUGGAUGCCUGGGUGGUAUUCAAAACUACCUCGUCUAUUCCAAUACCGUCUUCUUCAUGCGCUCAGGCGGUGACAGCAGGCUCGCUGGGUAUAUGCUUGCGGCACUCACGUUUGGCGUCAUGGUGAUAGGUCCGUCCCUGAUUGGGUUCAUCCCAGUGAUGAUGGUGGGGACGCUGAUCUUCGAUCUUGGGUUUGAACUGCUCAUCGAAGCCGUGUGGCUACCACGAAAGAAGAUGAAGCUCUCUGAAUAUCUGACCGUAAUUGUCAUUGUUCUGGUCAUGGGUAUCCAUGAUUUUGUCGUUGGUAUUGGUGUGGGAAUUCUACUCGCCUUCGUCACAAUGAUUGUGCAAACCUCGAGGGUUUCUGCAAUACGAGGUUCCUAUACUGGGGACAUCGUCACCUCUACUGUCCGACGCAAUCCUUCGCAGCAUCAUUAUCUAAAAAAUGUCGGAGGGCAGAUCUACAUCAUGAAGCUGACCGGUUAUCUUUUCUUUGGAACUAUUGUCAGUGUUGAGGACAAGAUCCGGGCCUUGUUGGAUAAUAAUGCCUUUGCUAAGAAGCCUAUAAAGUUUCUCAUUCUGGACCUUUGGCAUGUUACCGGCCUUGAUUAUUCCGCUGGUGAGGUGUUUAAUACGAUCAGCCGCCUGCUGAACAAGAAGGAUGUUGUUUUUGUCUUGAGUGGCGUUGAUGCCGAUGGCCAACUGGGGAGGAAUUUACGAGCCGUGGGGCUUGGGGCGAAUGACAUCGAAGUGCUGAUGCUGCUCGACCUCAACUCUGCGCUGGAAAGCUGCGAGAACGAGCUUUUGAAGACUCUAUAUGCCAGACAAGAGGAGAUGAACUCAUCCAAGAGGGUCGCGACGGCGAGUCUGGAUGUCCCCGAAGGGAAGAAACCAAAGUCAUCGUCCCUGUCGUCUUUUAACCCGCCAUUCAAUUCUCCACGCAGGACGCAUCUGGCCGAGGCGGCGAGCGAUGCUCUUCAGAGUCUCGAAGUGCAGCGACCAAAGAAGUGGCAGAGCUUUAAGGAACCGCUCAGACUUAUGAUGCAAAUCUUCCAGGGGCUGAGCGACAAGAACGAGGAUGUCUGGUUUGCCGCCACAAAUUACUUCAGGAGAAGAGAGUACCCGGCUGGGACUGUGCUUUUCCGGCGAGGAGAACAGGCGGAUGGGUUCUACCUGGUGGAACGCGGCAUCUUGCGAGUCGAAUAUGAUCUACCCCAGGGCUGGUUAUGCGAGAGCAUCAUGGCGGGCACCACAUGUGGCGAACUGCCGUUCUUCUCAGAGACGGAAAGGACGGCGACGGCAACAGUCGAACAAGACUGCGUUGUCUGGCUGAUGGAUAGGGACUACUGGGAUCAGGUCCAGCGCGAGCAGCCCGAGGUGGCGAGAGAGUUGUUGACGGUUUCCCUCAAGUUGACGAGCGAGCGCAUGAGUGCCAUCACAUCGUACACCAUGACCAUAGCGGGAUGA